UCCGUGAAAGGAGGGGGACAGGGGAUAGAAAUUCUAGAGCCUAGCGUCAUUUAAUAUGGAAGAGGGCAAAGCGCGUGAAAGUUAAAACGGCACUUUUUAAACCGAAACAUAAAGACGCUGCGGUGUGCCCAUGGCGUCACAGAGUUAUCCAGGGAAACGCUUCCUUUUUAAAACCGCAAAAACUGAAGAAGGGGAAACAUAGCAGGAGAACCUGAGAAACUUUUAAAUUGAUUGCUGUAAUCUACUUCCAUCUGUUAAGAUCAGCUCGGUGCGCUUUCCACAGCAGCUUCUCUUGCUUCUCCUCUUCCUCUGAAGGGCCAGUGCACCAUGGCCGGAGCUGUUGCGAGUGGCAGGCCGGGGACGGUUCACUCCAAGAUGGGUAGAACUGUCGCGCUGGCUCGGUUACUUAACCGGGAUUGCACUCGCCUUCUGGAACUAUACAGAGAGAGAGAGAGCUUUUCACCUGAGCUGUCCCUGGAGAAAGAUCGCAUUGUGGCCCUUGCCCCAUCUGCCCCUCACCUCUCCACUAAUGAUAGGGUGUGGCUCCUGCACUCCGCCCUGCAUCAGUGCCUGAGACUUUUUGAGCGUGUGAUUGGCUGGGAAGAAGAGCAGGGGUUUGGGGGUGAGGGCGAGUAUGAGAGCAAGCGGCGUACAGUGAAGGACAGACUUGGCCAUCUGCUCCAAAGCACCAAGAACCUCCUGGUGGAGACAGGGGGAAUUACACCACUGACCCCUGACCCUGACAACCCAGAGGAGACAGAUGGGUUGGAAAGUGGUGGUGGUGUAUUUGAGGCAAAACUCUGGAUCUUCAGAGUGCUGCAGGAGCUCAUCCACUGGACCCAUUCUACUGCUCAAACCCUUCACUCUCUGCAGUCAGAGAGAGAGAAGGAAAGAGGGGGAAGGACUGCGAGAAUGGGGAAGAGGGACAAGGUGCAGAGCUGAGGAGGAGAGAGAAGAAGAGCAGAGGCAUGAUGUGUGACAGAGAGAUCAUAUGCAGGUGAAGGAAAGGAUUACAGAGCUGAGGAAGAGAGACAGAUGGAGAGAAUACGAGUGGUGAAAGAGAAAGAGAAGAUGGAUUAUAGGAUGUGGAGAUGGGAAGUGAGUGACCAUAAAAUAUAACAAUUUGCAGUUUUAUCAUUUAGAAAUGGACUUGAAAAGUAACCCAGAAAGUGUAAACAGUGAAAAAAACUUUCAUUUCGUAAUUUAAUUCAUUUCAAAUUGUAAUUUAAUUCAACAUCUCAACUGUAAUUAUGCAGCUUUUUUAUCGCUCUAACCCACUCAAAUACAGAAACUAACUUUAUUUUGAGGUGAUGACAUGUUAUAUUGUUGUGUCAAAAUAGUGUUGGCUAUAAAAAGAAAUGGAAACCUGGAUUAACACAACAAGCUAUUUCCAUUCUGUAGUUCAUUCUGUACUUUGCAAAGAUUCUGAAAAGAUGCCCUUGUGCAUUGAAAGUUACACUGACUGAGUGUUGUGGCUAACAUAUUGGUUCCACCCCUCAUUUCAUUUUUCUACAAGGCAAGGGUGUAAUGAAUGUUAAAAUGUUGGGACAGCUUGGGGGCGAGGGGGGUGGUUAUUGUAUUUGCUUGUAUUUUAUCACUUUGGUGUGCUGCAGAGUUAAGGUACUUAAUGUAAGUAUGCAUGAGUUUGGGAAUUUUAACAGAAAAUUAACCGAUUUGUGUGUGUUUGUGUGUGUGUGUGUGUGUGUGUGUGUGUAUGAGAAUCUACUAAUCAAUUAUUCAUAACGUCCUACACCUUAAAAUGUUUUGGGAGCCAAACUAUGGAAUGGUCUUAGAGAUGAGCUGAAAUUGUGUAGCUCUGUUAAGUUUCGUUUGAGUUUCAUUUUUUUUUGUACUACUGAUAUUCUUGGUUAUUUUAUGGAUUCUUUAGGAUAGGGGCGGCACGGAAGUUUGCAUGUUCUCCCCGUGUCUGCGUGGGUUUCCUCCGGGUACUCCGGUUUCCUCCCACAGUCCAGACAUGCAGGUUAGGCUGAUUGGAGAGUCUAAAUUGCCUGUGGGUAUGAGUGUGUGAGUGAAUGGUGUGUGUGCCCUGCGAUGGACUGGCGACCUGUCCAGGGUGUAUUCCUGCCUUUCGCCCAAUGUAUGCUGGGAUAGGCUCCAGCCCCCCUGUGACCCUGUUCAGGAUAAGCAGGUUAAGAUAAUGGAUGGAUGGAUGGAUGGAUGGAUGUUUAGGAUAGUCAGUAAUAAGACUUUGGCUUCAGCCAAUUCCUUUUUCGGUCAUUGAUUGUGUAAACUUUAUUGUGGACUGGUGUAAACAUGAUGAUGUUCUGUCUGUCAUAUAUUCACACAAUUUGUGAAGUUUCUUCCAUAAUGUGUUCCUUAUAUGAAUGAAUAGACAAUUCAUUCAUAUGAUGGUGUUAGGUAGUUGGAUGUAAGGGAAUAGGGCUGAGUAGAGCAUGUGCAUAUGUGAUGUGUAAGCAGGGCAUCUGUGCAUGUGCAUAUGCAUAUGUGAUGGGUAACCAGUAUAUGUGUGCGUUUGCAUAUGUGAUGGGUAAGCAGGAUGUGUGUGUGUAUGUCUGUGUGUGUGUGCAUAUGUGAUGGGCAAGCAGGAUGUGUGUGUAUGUGUGUGUGUGUGUGCAUAUGUGAUGGGUAAGCAGGAUGUGUGUGUGUGUGUGUGUGUGUGUGUGUGUGUAUGCCUGUGUGUGUGUGCGUAUGUGAUGGGUAAGCAGGAUGUGUGUGUAUGUGUGUGUGUGUAUAUGUAAUGGGUAAGCAGGAUGUGUGUGUGUGUGUGUGUAUGUGUGUGUGUGCUUGCAUAUGUGAUGGGUAAGCAGGAUGUGUGUGUGUGUGCUUGCAUAUGUGAUGGGUAAGUAGGGUGUGUGUGUGUAUGUGUGUGUGUGUGUGUGUGUGCAUAUGUGGGGGGUGUGAAGGAUGGUGAGGGGAAAUGUGUAUGCCUGUGAGAGAGCGAGAGAGAGAGAGAGAGAGAGAGAGAGAGAGAGAGAGAGAGAGAGAGAGAGAGAGAGGUGGAAGGUGGGUGUGUGUGUGCAUAAGAGAGAGAGAGAAGGGGGAGGGAUGGAGAGAGUGUGUCUAAGCAUAUGUGUGCGCGUGUGCGUAUGUGUGUAUGGAGGGGGGCGGGUGGUGGUGUGUGGGCGUGUGUGUGUGUGUGUGUGUGUGUGUGUAUGUGAGGGAGGGAGGGAGGUUGGAGAGGACAUCUAC